AUGCCACGAAGGCCACAAAAACCAUUGGAACUAUAUUUGAUGAAUGCUGAUCCUCAUGCUAUUGAUUUAGUUCAAAAAUUAUUAAUAUUUGCUCCAUAUAAACGUCUUAAUGUUGAUCAAUGUUUGGUACAUCCAUAUGUAUUGCAAUUUCAUUCACCGGUUGAUGAACCAGCAUUAAAUUAUAAUAUUCUUCUUCCAUUACCGGAUCAUAUUCAAUUAAGCAUCGAUGAUUACCGGAAUAAAUUAUAUGAAAUGAUACAACAAAAUAGGACAUAUGUGAAACGGAUACAGCACAAUCGAGCAAUCAGUAAUAAUACCAAAUUACAUAAUGCUACAACAACAAAAAUAUCACAUACAAAUACAAUUGGACAAGGUAAUACUGCAAAUGGUCGUUUGUCAUCUUAUGUUCGCCGAUCAUCCUCAAAUAAUGCCAUACGUACUGUAAAGCAAUCAGUAAUGGAACCAAAAGCGCCAAUUGCGCAAGCUGAAUGUAGUGAUACCGAUUAUGAUACAAGUCGAUCAAUUUAUCGACCUGUAUCAAUUGAUAAACAUAAAAAUACCGAUACUGUUGUAAUUGAAAAUAGACAACCAAGAGAAAGAGCUCAAAGUGCAGAAAUUCCACAAAAUGGAAAUGUUUCUAGAGAACGAGCAGCAUCAUCAUCAUCCAAAGCUCAUCCAAGGCAUCGUUCACAACAUCGUACCGGAAUUUUUGCAUCAUUCCGGAAAUCGACACAUCAUUUAGCAUCAUGA